UACAUCUCUUCAACCAUGAACUUCAAAGCCAUUUUGCUUGCUUUCUUUGUCAUUUUUGCCGUUUCCGAAGCUUUCGACAAGGGGCUCGCCCUGAAAUGCAUUGGAAAAUGUAUUACAGUGACAUCAGUCCAAGAAUGGAAGGAUUGCGGAUCGAAAUGUUUCGAAGGAGGAGAAAUGGUUGACCAAGCGUUCUUCGAGUGCGACUCAAAAUGUGUUGAUAGUUAUUUCAAGCCAGAUGAGGAUAACAGCGGGGUUAUUGAAUUGACCAAAUGCUUCAAGGAGUGUUCAGAUAAAUAUUAAGUAUGUAAAUACCCGUGGCCAAAACAAGCUUUUAUUGUAAAAAUCUGAAUUCAAAUUUUUUAUUGUUCUUAAUUUUUCAAUUUGAUUUGUUUUUAAAAAUAUGUGUGCACCGAAUAAACAUUAUUCAGAAAA